AAGACUAUUAGAUUAAAGUCUUUUGUUUAUAAGAAAUUGUGAGGUGGCCAUGUCCAUUAGUUUUAAAAUUUUAGUCUCUUUUAAAAAAGGAAAUCCAACCUUUAUAUAUAGAGUUGGAACUCAGAGAAUUCCAAAAGCUUGAAAACAGAUAACACUGGAAGACAAACAGGGCUGUUGUGAAGGAGGAAUAGGACAACGGUGCAUGCUACCGGUUUUGAGGGGCAUGUUGGAUUGAUCAUCUAGCUCCUUUCCUCAUAUCCUUCACUGGAGAUGAGAGGUUUGGGCUAUACGUCUGUACCCAUAACCAGUUUCAUGAGUAGGAACAAGAAGCAUGGCAAGAAACUCAGCAGAAGAAGCACAAGCAGAAGCACAAGAAGAGUAUACAAAAGAUGGUUCUAUGGAUCUUAAGGGAAACCCUGUACUUAGAUCAAAGAGUGGUGGUUGGACUGCUUGUUCCUUCAUUGUAGCGUUUGAGAUAUUUGAGAGGAUGGCAUCUUAUGGAAUAUCAUCAAACCUGGUGAUAUUCUUAACCAACAAACUUCACCAAGACAUCAUCACUUCUGCAAACAAUGUGACCAACUGGGUAGGCACAAUAUGGUUAACUCCGAUCAUCGGUGCUUACAUCGCCGAUGCUCAUCUUGGUCGCUACAAGACUUUAAUUGCUGCUUCCGCCGUAUAUCUGUCGGUAAUGAUUUAUAAACCAAUUGUUUUAGAACAGAUUCAAAUGAAUACUUUCUCACAAGAAUUUGGAUGUGUUUGUAAGGGAAUGUGUUUGCUGAUAGUAGCAGUAUCAGUGCCAUCACUGAAACCAACAUCUUGUGGACAAAACCACCCUGACUGCAAUGAAAAGGCUUCACCACUGCAACUUGGUGUGUUCUUCUCUGCACUCUACAUCUUAGCCAUCGGCACGGGCGGCACAAAGCCGAACAUUGCAAUCAUGGGAGCAGACCAGUUCGAUGAGUUCGAUCCAAAAGAGCGAGCCCAAAAGCUCUCUUACUUCAACUGGUGGAUGUUCAGCAUCUUCUUCGGUACUUUCUUUGCCACCACAAUUGUUGUGUACAUUCAAGAAAACGUAGGAUGGACGUUAGGCUAUGCGCUACCGACAAUGGGUCUUGUCAUCGCCGUUGUCAUUUUCCUUAUCGGAACUCCACUUUAUCGGCAUAGGCCACCAUCAGGAAGUCCAUUUACAAAGAUGGCAAAGGUUUUGGUUGCAGCAGCGAUAAAAUGGAGGUCGAAAGUACCUUAUGAUCCAAAAGAACUUUAUGAGCUUGAUUCGGAGGAGUAUGCCUCAAAUCGAAAAUAUAAAAUUAAUCAUACUCAAACACUCCGGAUAUUGGACAAAGCAGCAGUGAAGACCGGACCGACAUCACCGUGGAUGUUAUGCCCGGUGACACAAGUGGAAGAGACAAAGCAAAUGCUUCGAAUGAUCCCCAUACUCAUUGCAACCUUCGUUCCAAGCAUAAUGGUAGCUCAGGGUAACACCCUCUUUGUCAAACAAGGAACAACACUAAACAGGAGCAUCGGUCCUCACUUCAAGAUCCCCCCGGCUUGCCUGCAAGCUUUCAUCACCGUCUCCAUGCUCUUCUCGAUCGUUAUAUACGACCGAUGGCUUGUCCCUUCCCUUAGGAAGUGGACCAAGAACCCCAGAGGCAUUACUCUUCUUCAAAGGUUAGGCAUUGGGAUAGUCACACACAUCAUCAUGAUGACAAUUGCUUCAUUGACAGAGCACUAUCGGCUACGUGCUGUGAAAGCUCAUGGUUUGGAAUCAGGCGGCGAAGUUCCCAUCACUAUAUUCAUACUUCUGCCUCAGUUUGUUCUUCUUGGUGUAUCUGAUGCCUUGAUAGAUGUUGCGAGGACCGAGUUCUUUUAUGAUCAAGCUCCUGAAACCAUGAAGAGUCUUGGAACAUCAUAUUCAUAUACAAGCUUGGGAAUAGGAAACUUUCUCAGUACCUUCUUACUUUCAACAGUGUCUCACAUCACAAAGAAGAAAGGCCACAAAGGAUGGAUCCUCAGCAACCUCAAUCAAGCUCGUCUUGAUUACUAUUAUGCCUUUUUCACAAUCCUCAACCUGUUGAACUUUUUCGUCUUCCUCGUCCUCGCGCGGCUAUAUGUUUACAAGACUGAGAAUACUGAACAGAAGAAGGAUAAUGUAGCAGUAGAGAAGAGUACACAAUUCAAUGAAGAUGGCAUUGAACAAGAUGAUGCAGAAAAACAAGAUUAGAAUGAGUUGGUAUGACGGCCUUGCAAUAACCUAAAAGCACACAAAUUUACAAAAGGGCAUACCUGAUUGUGGUGUGGAAUUUUGAGCUCUGUUUUCUUUCAGAAACCGUUGCAGUUCCAUAUUCUGAUCAAUCCUGUCGACAAUGGCUAGUUCCUGGAAUAAUUAAGAGUAGAUGCUCAAAGCUUGGGGGACAUAUUGAAAAGUUCGAUUUAUAUAUAUAUAUAUACAUAUAUCACAAAUGAUUGAGAACUAUGAAUGGAACUUGACAUAUCUAUGUAUCAAAUUAUUCAGAAUGAA